AUGUUCGUCAAAUCCGAGACCUUGGAGUUGAAGGAGGAAGAGGACGUGCUGCUGCUGCUCGGUUCGGCCUCCCCCGCCUCGGCGGCCCUGACCCCGCUGUCGGGGCUGCUGCACGAGUGCAAGCGGCGCCCCUCCAGGGCGCGGGCCGUCUCCCGCGGCGCCAAGACGGCCGAGACCGUGCAGCGCAUCAGGAAGACGCGCAGACUGAAGGCCAACAACCGCGAGCGCAACCGCAUGCACAACCUCAACGCGGCGCUGGACGCGCUGCGGGAAGUGCUCCCCACUUUCCCCGAGGACGCCAAGCUCACCAAGAUCGAGACCCUGCGCUUCGCCCACAACUACAUCUGGGCGCUCACCGAGACCCUGCGCCUGGCCGACCACUGCGGGGGUGGCGGUGGAGGCCUGCCGGGGGCGCUCUUCUCCGAGGCCGUCUUGCUGAGCCCGGGAGGCGCGAGCGCCGCCCUGAGCAGCGGCGGAGACAGCCCGUCGCCUGCCUCCACGUGGAGCUGCACCAACAGCCCCGCGCCGUCCUCCUCCGCGUCCUCCAGCUCCACCUCCCCCUACAGCUGCACUUUAUCUCCCGCCAGCCCGGCGGGGUCCGACAUGGACUUUUGGCAGCCCCCGCCUCCCGACAAGCACCGCUACGCACCUCACCUCCCCAUAGUCCGGGACUGUAUCUAAAGCCGCCAUCUCUGCCACCCACGCCAGGCCUUAGUGGAGUUCCCUUCCUGUCCCCGACCGAGCCCUCCUCCCACCC